AUGAAUCCUCUACCCACAGGGGCACACAUCCCCAAAGGUGAGCUCCCUGCCGGAAAAGCUGACGAAACCACACCCACACAGUGCAAGUUCCACACACAGCCCCGAUCCAAGCACCCAGCUGCAUCCUGUCCCCCAUCACACAGCGAGCCCCCGCGCAAUGCCACCCAAACCACCGCCCACAGGCGCAACAGGGCAUACACCACGAGCACCGUGCCCACAGCGGAACUCCCGACCAAACACCAAGACGGGACAAACUCACCCGGCAAGAGGUCCCCGGUUAGCGCACGCCGCAACGGCCAGGCAAGGGCCUCGCACAACACCACCCCUGCCCACCGGCGCAACAGGGCAGACCCCACCAAGCACUGCACCCACAACAGGACCCCCGACCCUGCAGCAUGGCCGGACAAACUCACCCACCCGACCCUCCGACCCGCCAGCAGAAUGUGCUCCUUUAAGGAAAGAGCACCUGCCAUGAGAUGGGACCUACCUGCCAGUUUCGGAGGCCCCAAUGCCCGCCAAUGCACCAAAGGCCCCCAAGCCAGGGCCGGGCGCCCAGGAAUGCACCAGCCCAAAACCCCAGCGACAUACCCGCCAGGACCCAGGAGCCCCAAGGUCCAGCAAGGACCCCAGCCCGGGGGUCGAUGCGCCCCAGGAACCCCGAGCCCCCAAGCCCACCCCAGACCCACCCAGGAGCAGCACGGCCACCAGGCCAGUGACCUAUGUCCGUCGGCGCAGGCCCCCCGAGAGCAUCGCAUGCAGCCACCAGAUGUCUCCCCCGAAAGCCACCAAAGCCCCUCCCUGACGGGACCACAGUCCCCAGCGCCAAACCCCCCAGCGAUCCCAGCCCAGGGACACCACAAAUGCCCCAGCCCAGACACCCCCCCGAAUCCGCCACGACGCCCCACAGGAGGAAGCCCACCCCCACUAGGUGAUGGAGCCAAUUAA